AUGAGUGCAGGCUCGUCGCAAUGCGAGAGCUGUAUAUUUCUGAAAGAGCUGGUAGCUCACUACAAAAAAGAGAUAAAGGAAGUAAAAAAAAAAACAGAGGGAGAGGAAGCGCUGACGAAUGCAUUGGUGCAGCUUCAGCAGCAGCUGCAGCUGGUGCAGGAGCAGCAGGCGUCGCUGCACCAGCAAUUCAUCCUGCACCAGCAGCAGCAGCAGCAACAGCAGCCGCAGCAGCAACAGCGGCCGCAGCCGCAGCCGCAACAACAUCAGCCGCAACAACAGCCGCAAGAUUCUGAUAUACCUAAGCGCAAAAGAGCAAGGGAAUUGAAGGACAGUAUGGGGUUGCCGUUGGAUUUUAAAGUUAGUAGGGGCUGGUUAGAUGGAUUCAAAAAAAGACAUAAUAUAGCUUUAGUGAAAGUGUACGGGGAAAGUGCAAGUGCUGAUGAAGAUGACGCGAUAAGAUUUUGUAAUGAUUUUAUAAAAUUACUGGAAGAAGAUGAUAGUAUAAAUAUAGAUAAUAUCUAUAAUAUGGAUGAAGCUGGUCUUUUAUGGAAAGCCUUACCAUCAAAGACCUUGAUAGAAAGAAAAGAAAAGGUCGUAAAGGGGUAUAAAAGCCGCAAGGAGCGAAUCACGGUGGCACUAUGUGCAAAUGCAUCUGGGACGCACAAGUUGAUGCCCCUAGUUAUUAAUAAAUUUGAAAAUCCGAGAGCUCUGAAGCAUUGUAAAAGUAAUCUUCCCCUCAUCUUCAAAUCUCAAAAGAAUGCGUGGAUGACACAAGUAUUGUUUCGUGAUUGGUUUGAAAAUUAUUUUAAGCCCAGUGUACGGGCAUACCAGCUAAACAAAGGAGUGACUGGAAAAGUUAUUUUGUUAUUGGACAAUUGCGCAGGACAUACAGUGCCGCCUGAAUUAUUGAAUGCAGAUAAUUUCAAAAUUAUGUAUCUCCCGCCAAAUACCACCAGCUUAAUUCAACCCAUGGACCAGGGCAUAAUAGCUAAACUCAAAUGUCUGUAUCGUCAUAAAACAUUAAGGAAAACUAUUACUUACCAAUGCGGAAUAAGUGAAUUCCAGAAGCAGUUUACAUUAAAAGAUUGCAUAGAAAUACUGCACGAGUCAUGGAGCGAAGUAUCUGCGAAUAAUAUUAUUAAUUCAUGGAAGAAAAUUAUUCCAAGUCAGGAGGAUUGGUAUCAACGUGCUAUGAGGGAGGACAUAAGCAGUUUUACAGGUGAUACAUACAGCCACCGAGAUAUCACAGAAUUUUUGUCCAUUUGUGAACAAGAAGAAAGAAGAACACACACAGACGAGGGAGAUGAAGAGAUGCAAGAAGAUGAAGAGAUACAAGAAAACGUAGAAGAACAAAUGAAUAAACAAGAGGAGCGGCAACGUUUAUAUGAGCGUUUGGAGCAAGAUUUAUCACAAGAAGCGCCUUUUCUUCAAAAAUUCUUUAAGGUCAUCAAAGACCAAGUAUUAGGCACCGAUGAUUAA